AUGCUUUCACUGACUGGACUGCCCUUUGGGGCCGCUUAUUCUUCCAUUAUCUGGAUCAUCCCUACCAUCAUCCUAGCAUACAAGGUCUUCACAUUUGGCAGCAGAGAGAAACAUCUCCCACCUGGCCCACCCACGGUCCCCAUCCUGGGAAAUGCACACAUGAUUCCGAAAAGGGGGGUUUUCUCCAAGCUGAAGGAAUGGAGCGAUCAGUACGGCUCCGUUUAUUCACUCAAAAUUGGGCGAAGCACCAUGAUCGUGUUGAAUGACAGACGCGCCGUCCACGAGCUUUUGAGUCAGAAGGGUGCCUGGUAUAACGACAGACCAACCGAUCAGCAGAUGCUCGUCGCAGCGCGGGAAGAGAACAUAGCUCUGAUGCACGAAAGCCCUAAAUGGAGGGCAGAGCGAAAAAUAUCUUCUUCAUAUUUCUCUCCAAAGAGGCUAGACUCGGAUAUGAAACCUGUACAGGAAGCUGAAGUUGCACGGCUCAUGUCCGACUUGCUGGAAAAGCCUGAAAAGUUUCAAGAAUACAUAAAACGAACUACGGCGUCUGUCGCAAGCAUCACGAUCUAUGGACACCUGGCACCUGACUGGGGGAGCUUCUGGGCAUAUGCGGUGUACAUAGCUAUGGAAGCUAUAUCGAAAGCUAUUGAGCCAGGUACUUACCUACCAGUCGAUCAAUUUCCGAUCCUCAAUCUGAUCCCUGAUCGCUGGAACAAACCGAAGCAACGCGGCAAGGAGUUUUAUGUUACCAUGACUGAUAUCUGGAACGAAGCUCGCGAUCGCGUAGAGAUGCGCCGCAAAAACGGCGACAAGCGCGAUUCCCUUCUCGACAAGCUUUUAGAGGAGGAAAUCAAGUGCGAUGUUCCGUUGAGCUACACGGAACUGAACAACUUCCUCGGAGGCCUCCACAUGGGUGCCUCUGAUACAACAGCUACUGCAACGCUCACGUCAAUUCUUUUCCUUGCGAAGCAUCCUGAAUUCCAAGAAAAGGCACAAGUUGAACUUGAUCGUGUGUGUGGGACUGAGAGACCUCCCAAGUGGGCUGACUUCAAUGACUUGCCGUAUAUAAAUUGCAUCGUCAAAGAGGGGCUACGAAUCAGACCAGUCAUCCCUGGGGGUAUUCCUCAUUGCGCGAAGCAAGACUAUUGGUUCGAAGGCAUGCUUAUCCCAGCUGGCAGCACCAUCAUGGUACCAGCGUACGCGCUUAACCACAGCAGCGACUCGUCCUCAAAUCCUUCUGCUUAUAACCCAGACCAAUUCAUGAAUCGGGCAGGCAAGCUGGCGCCUGAACUCGCCGCAGCUUCGAAAUAUAAGGACCUGGCGCAUCAUAGCUCAAAUUCUGUGGGCAUUCAGGAUUGAGCCCGGUGUGGGAGCAGAUGGGAAGACUAUAGAGUUGGACACGAGCUAUGAUGCAUAUGAAGAAGGAUUUCUGCAUACACCGAAGAAUUAUAGCGUGCGCUUGAUACCGAGAAGCGAGAGGCAUGCAGAGGUUCUGAAAAAAGAAUUUGGGAAUAUUGGUGGGCUUCUGCAGCGGUGGGAG